ACGUCAAUGGGGCAUAUAUAAAGUCUUUGGAUAAUCAUCAAAAAUCAGAGUAAUAUCUGAAACAUCAAAAGUAAAACAUCGUCUACAUAAAAAUAAAAAAAAUUAAAUUUCUAAACGAAAAAAAUGGCAAUUAAAAUGAUUAUCCUGCAACUUGCUGUUAUUUUAAUCAGCAUGAUAAUGUCAGAGGGUGCUCCAGUUGUUGAAGGAGUUACAGAAAAAUCAAUCAGUCAAAUUGAACCAGUUGAAAUGGGUCCAGAACGACGUGCAACAAGAGAUUUAACUGAAAAUAAAAUAAAUUAUCGUCAUCAUCGUGAUCGUCGUGAUGGAUCAGCCAUUAAACAAAAUAAAAAUUAUAUUGAAGAUGUUGAUGAUUUAGAAACAGCAGCUGGUACUAAUGUAAUACGUCCACUUUUUGUUUAUCGUCAACAACAAGCUUAUCGUGCAGCAACAAAAAGAGCUGCUGAAGCACGUCGUUCAGCUGGUAAUGGAUUUAAUGAAUUCGUUUAAUUAAAAUGUUAACAUUUUAUGGCUCCAGCUAAUGCUUGUCCAGCUUAUCAUUUGGAGUAUCAAAUAAAGACUGAUGGGCAUUGAAAUAAUAUUUUUAAAAUAAAAAACAAACCAAAGUUUCUUUGAUGAUUUAUCAUUCAAUUAUCAUGUGUUAUUAUUUUUUUUUUAAAUUAAUAUUACAAUGAGAUUAUUUAACAAUCAAAAAAACAUGUUUUAUUGACAAUUUUUUUUUAAAUAAAUAAUUUUUUGUCUUAUCAAGAUAAUAAA